CUGCCAUCCCUCCAGUCCUCGCUGGCAGGUGCCUUUGACUUCAUAGAGAGACCAACACCCGUGGCCUAUGCUGGUCACCCUCGUCCGUAUGAUCCUUACUCAAUUGCGUCAUCGCAUGGCUAUACCACCCCUAACACUCCCGCCACCGAAACACACUUUAUACCACGAUACGACGAUAUGUACGGCUCUCGUGAGGCUCGGGAUGCAUACUCGGAUCCUUUCAAUGCUUCCCACAUUCAGGCGCAGCCUACGACGACCUCAUACCCCCAAGAGCCCAGCGCUCUCACCUUCCCACCUAACAUGUAUCCUCUCACCUUCCCACCUAACAUGUAUCAUCCUACGAACACAGUUGGUGGCCCCCUGCCAUACUAUAGCCAACGUGACUCGAUCCCCUUUGAGCCUCCAAAUGACUCGCACUCAGUUGCGACUAUGAGCUUAUAUCAUCCCAAACCCAACGCGCUACCCCCCUACUUCCCAUACGACCUGAACUAGCCCCGCUUUCGAGCUCAGCCAAUGAUUACGAAAUGCAUAGGAUAGAAUCAAAGCAAUGUAUAACAGUGUGACCGUGCACACAAAUUCGUUCUAUUGCACACGCGCGCAAGUUGAGAUGAUAUAUUGUAUCGAUUCAUUGGCCUCAUCACACAGUCGCCUCGGACGCCAUCCAUACCAUUCUCAUAGCAUUAUUCAUUAACCAUCUAUCAUCCGUCUGACAUACUGCUAUCAAUGGCUGGUCUGUAUUGUUGUGCUCAGUGUUGAUUACUGAUGUGGAGUCGCGCUCCGAUACGAUGUUUUCCAGGGUUCGCGCAUAUUACUACUAAUUGCUCUCCGAGAGAGUAAUGGGUUUUUUGGG